GCGUGGACUGCGUGGGGGAGAGCUCCUGGCGUCUUGGUCUCCCCCGCGUCUUCCCUGUACCGACGCGAGGCGAUCGUGGUUUCCACGAUGAGCUCCCAGAAAGGGAACGUGGCUCGUUCCAGGCCUCAGAGGCACCAGAAUACGUUUAGCUUCAAAAAUGACAAGUUUGAUAAGAGUGUUCAGACCAAGAAAAUUAAUGCAAAGCUUCAUGAUGGAGUUUGUCAGCGCUGUAAAGAAGUUCUUGAAUGGCGUGUAAAAUACAGCAAAUAUAAACCAUUGUCAAAGCCUAAAAAAUGUGUUAAAUGUUUACAAAAAUCAGUAAAGGAUUCUUAUCACAUAAUAUGUAGACCAUGUGCCUGUGAACUUGAAGUUUGUGCAAAAUGUGGAAAGAAAGAAGACAUUGUUAUUCCGUUUAAUAAGGAACCAGAAAAGACAGAAAAUCCUGAAAUUAAUCUACAUUCCAACCAUAGAAGUUGUAGAAGAAAUGAAGAAAGUGAUGAUGACUUAGAUUUUGAUAUUGAUUUAGAUGACCCAAAAGAUAAUCAAGUAGAUUAAUAUUUUAAAAGUCAGUUUGAAAACAUGAAAUUCUGAAGAACUUUUGACUUUUGAGAGUUUUACACAAAAAUACUGUGAAAUCCUAGUGAGAUAAAUAGCAAAAACCUAUGGAAAACAAGCAAAAUUCAUACAUGGACAAUUUAAAUUAUGCAUGAUACUUGGAUAAUUAAAUACUUUCAUCCAAAGUUAAUUAUAAUAAAUUUUAAGUAGCAGAUACUGGAUUAUCUGCCAAAAUGAGUAUUAAGAUAUCAUAUUGCGGGCAGCCCUGGUGGCUCAGUGGUUUGGUGCCACCUUCAGCCCAGGGCCUGAUCCUGGAGACCCGGGAUCAAGUCCCACGUCGGGCUCCCUGUGUGGAGCCUGCUUCUCCCUCUGCCUGUGUCUCUGCCUCACUCUUUCUCUCUCUCUCUCUCUUAUGAGUGAAUAAAUAUAAUUUUAAAAAAUAUAUCAUAUUGCAUAUGGGAAUUAUUUAGAAGAGUAUAUUAUCUGAUACCAAACUAAACAAGAUUCAGAAUUGUUGGUUGUUACAAUACUAUAAUACUAUCUCAUUAAUACUAUCUAAAUAAUAUACUAUCUCAUGGAAAAAUCAGAUGAUAUUACUGGUGCUAGCCUCAAAAAUUCGUCCUCAUUAAAUAUCUUUUCAUAGAUUGACCUCAAAUAAAUGGUCCACAUAACAAAGCCCACUUACUUAUAAGUUUGCUUGUUAUAAAAAUCUCAUUAUUUUUUUAAUAAUAAUGUUUAACAAGUGUAUACAGCUUUUCUUUCAAAGUAUUUUUACAGGGAUGCCUGGGUGGCUCAGCGGUUUGGCAUCUGCCUUCAGCCCAGGGCGUGAUCCUGGAGACCCGGGAUCAAGGCCCACAUUGGGCUCCCUGCAUGGAGCCUCCUUCUGUCUCUGCCUCUGUCUCUGCCUCUCUCUCUGUGUCUCUCAUGAACAAAUCAAUAAAAUCUUUAAAAAAAGAAAAACGUAUUUUUACAUACCUGAUUGUUUUUUACCUCCCUUCCUUUGCAAAAUAUACAUACAGGAAAAAAUGAAUAAAAUUCAUAUGCAUAGUUUAAUAAAUAAUUAUAAAGGAAAGUCAUACAUCUGUCAUUCAGAUGAAGAAACUACUUUUAAACAAUAAAAAUGAGCUUAUCUGAUUUUUAAUCUUUUUUCUUUCUAUUUUGAAAUAUCUCAAACCUAAAGAAAACAGCAAAAUAGUACAAUGUAUAUACUUGUAUAUAUAGUAUAUUCUUCAUCUAGAUUCAGAAUUGAUUUGCUACAUGAUUUUCAUUGUAUCUCAAGAGAUUGAUAUAGAUACAUAUUUACUGAACCAUUUGAAAAUAAGUGGCAAACACUGGUUUCGAACUUUAUAUGAACAGACUUAUACCAUGCAUGUUAUUUUAUAUCUCUAUUUUAUUGUUUGUGAGAUUGAUCCAUGUUGUUGUAAGAGCUCCAAUUUGUUCAUUUUAUGUUACUGUGUUUUAUUCCAUUGUCUUUACAUAUCACGAUUUAUUUAUCCUCUUUAAUGUUGAGGGAUAUUUGAGUUAUCUUAAGAUUUUCCUAGUGCAAAGAAUACUCCUAUGAGCGUUGUUACAUGUGUUUCUUGGUACAUAUGUCUCUUUUCUUGGUACACAUUUCUAUUAGAUAUAUAUCUAGCAGUAGUACAGGCCAUCCAGCCAUAUGCAUAUGCAUCUUCAGAAUUACUGUAUAAUGCCACGCUAUCUUUCCAGAGGAAUUGUUAUCUCCUUUUCCCACAGCAACAUAUUACGUGCUCUGUAUCCUUUCUAACACUUGAUCUUUAAAUUUCUAUCAGUUUGAUAAGUGUGCAAUGUAUGCUUUUAUCUUAUUAAUUUAUAAUUUAUAUGUAUAUUUAUGCAUAUACACACACAUAUAUGUACCACAUCUUUUUAUCCUUUCAUCUAUGGAUGGAUGGACACUUACAUUGCUUCCAUAUCUAGGCUAUUGUAAGUAAUGCUGCAAUAAACAUAGGGCUGCAUAUAUCUUUUCAAAGUAGUGUUUUUGUUUCCUUUGGGUAAAUUCCCAGGGGAUGGGAUUGCUGGAUCAUACAGUAUUUCUAUUUUUAUUUUUUUUAUUUAUUUUUUUGAAUUUAUUUAUUUAUUCAUGAGAGACACAAAGAGGGGGGGAGGCA